GGCUCUGGGACCACUUCCUCUUUGCUCACUGAGGAGCAGGGAGCAGGCCUGCUGAGCCCUGGGGAGGGACUCCAGGAUGCCUUAGCCCAUCUGUGACUGCAGGUGGGGUGGCUGAGUGUGCUGGUUGGAGACUUCCCUCCCUGCUUCAGGCACCACUGAGGGCCUCCCUGGAGCCCUGCAGGAUGGAGGGGGCAAGUAAGGAGAAGCUGGCAUCUGUGUCCAGUCUGGUGACUGUGUUUGAGAACAGCAGGACCUCAGGAGCAGCACCCAGAGUACACAGGCAGGAGGCCCAGCAUCACCGCCCUGGGUGCAGGCCUCCCUCUCCUGCAGAAUCGUGGGAGAGGCCCACCGUGGGGGAGGCCCUGGAGUCUGAGCCCAGGACAGUCAGCAGGAGGUACCUGAACUCCCUGAAGAACAAGCUGUCCAGUGGGGCCUGGAGAAAAUCUUGCCAGCCUGGGACCUGCCCCAGCCCAGGGACUCAGGAGCCUGAGGAGAAGAGAAUUGUCCAGGAGCUGCUGGAGACUGAGCAGGCCUAUGUGGCCCGCCUCCACCUGCUAGACCAGGUGUUCUUCCAGGAGCUGCUGAAGGAGGCCCGCAGCAGCAAGGCCUUCCCUGAGGAUGUGGUCAGGCUCAUCUUCUCCAACAUCUCCUCCAUCUACCAGUUCCAUGCGCAGUUCUUCCUCCCAGAGCUGCAGCGGAGGCUGGAUGACUGGACAACCACCCCCCGCAUCGGCGACGUGAUCCAGAAGCUGGCCCCCUUCCUGAAGAUGUACAGUGAGUAUGUCAAGAACUUCGAGCGAGCCAUUGAGCUGCUGGCCACCUGGACUGACAAGUCACCACCCUUCCAGGAGGUCAUCACCCGCAUUCAGAGCAGCGAGGCCUCGGGCAGCCUGACCCUGCAGCAUCACAUGCUGGAACCUGUGCAGAGAAUCCCACGCUAUGAGCUGCUGCUCAAGGAGUACGUCCAGAAGCUGCCAGCCCAGGCCCCAGACCUGGCUGAUGCCCAGAAAGCCCUCAACAUGAUCUUCUCAGCUGCUCAGCACUCCAACGCAGCCAUCACUGAGAUGGAGCGGCUACAGGAACUGUGGGAAGUGUACCAGCGCCUGGGCCUGGAGGACGACAUAGUGGACCCCUCCAAUACCCUCCUCCGCGAAGGCCCUGUCCUCAAAAUCUCCUUCCGCCGCAACGGCCCCAUGGAGCGCUACCUCUUCCUGUUCAACAACAUGCUGCUCUACUGUGUGCCCCGGGUCAUCCAGGUGGGCGCCCACUUCCAGGUCAGGACUCGCAUCGACGUGGCUGGAAUGAAGGUUCGAGAGCUGACUGACGCCGAGUUCCCCCACUCCUUCCUGGUGUCCGGGAAGCAGCGCACCCUGGAGCUGCAGGCCCGGUCCCAGGAGGAAAUGAUCUCCUGGAUGCAGGCCUGCCAAGCAGCCAUUGACCAAAUCGAGAAGCGGAAUGAAACCUUCAAGGCUGCAGCCCAGGGCCCUGAGGGAGACGCCCAGGAGCAGGAGCUGCAGUCCAAGGAACUGGGCCUCCGGGCGCCGCAGUGGAUCCGAGACAAGAUGGUGACCAUGUGCAUGCGCUGCCAGGAGCCCUUCAACGCCCUGACGCGGCGGCGCCACCACUGCCGGGCCUGCGGCUACGUGGUAUGCGGCAGGUGCUCUGACUACCGGGCUGAGCUCAAGUAUGAUGACAACAGGCCCAACCGCGUCUGCUUCGACUGCUACACAUUCCUCACUGGCAACGUGAUCCCUGAGGACAAGGAGGACAAGAGGCGAGGCAUCCUGGAGAAAGGAUCUGUGAUGGGUUCCGAGCAGAGCCUAAUGUGCAGCUUCCUCCAGCUCCUUGGGGACAAGUGGGGCAAGAGUGGGCCCCGGGGCUGGUGUGUGAUCCCCCGGGACGACCCCCUGGUGCUCUAUGUCUACGCUGCCCCUCAGGACAUGCGGGCUCAUGCCUCCAUCCCCCUGUUGGGCUACCAGGUGACUGCUGGGCCCCAGGGGGACCCCCGGGUCUUCCAGCUGCAACAGUCAGGCCAGUUCUACAUCUUCAAGGCCGAAACUGAGGAGCUGAAGGGCCGCUGGGUGAAGGCCAUGGAGCGAGCGGCCAGUGGCUGGAGCCCUGGGGAGCCCAGUGACGGGGACCUCUCCGACUGAGGCACCGCUGGCCAUGCUCCCCUUGGAGCCCCUCUCCUGCCAUGGGCUGUCGCUUUGGCUGACCCACCACCCCAAGCUGAGUUUUCAAAUAACAGGUUUCUAUUUGUGCUCGAACUGUGUCUUGGUUUGGAAUUGAGAAAACGUGGGUCUGUUCCUUUGGGGAGGGGGUGACAGAGCAUCCCAGUUUGCCCAGGGCUAAGGGGAUUCCUGGGAUGUGGGACUUUCAGCGCUAAAACUGGGAAAGUCCCAGGUAACCCAGGACUGUUGGUCACAUGUAUGGUUCUCAGCUUGGGCUUCACAUAAGUGUCACCUGGGGAGCUUUAAAAAAUACCGAUGGAAAAAAUAAAUAAACUGAAAAUUCAAAAAAUA